CUCCAAAACAAGCGCUCCCCGCUGCCCGGCGAUGACGUCACGCCGCCUCUCGUCGCUUGUGUGUUUAUUAUGUGGUUUUUAAGGAGCAGCUGCUAACUAACUAGCAUUGAGCCUCGCCUUCAAACAUGCUCUGAUUUACACAGCUGGCAGGUUUGGAGGACAGAGAUGGCAGUGUGUGCACUGACCAUGCUGGAUGGGAUGGAGGAGGAGGUCACGGCAGCAGGCGGUGUGUUGCUCCUGGUCCUGGCCCUCGUCUUUGCUUGGCUCUCAACUCACGUGGCCGACCGGGGAGACCACAUCCUGGGCACCAUCCUCACCGUGGGCGCUCACGCCUCUCUGAUAGGACUGGGAGGCCACGACAGCUACAGCGGAGGGUCUCCCAGCGCCGACACUCCCGAACAGCAGACACCUCCGCCCUCUCAGGAGAACAAGCCGGAUGACGGCGAGCCGGGGACUGAGAGAGGAGAGGGGGAGGGGACUGAGGGAGCUGAGGGGGUUAGGACGGAUCUCCUGCUGGACAUACAGAGCAAACAACCACAGGCUGGAAGAUUGCAUACAUCAGAUGAGGAGGAGGAUGAGGAGGAGGAGGAUGAUGAUGAUGAUGAUGAUGAUGAUGAGGAGGAGGAACUGGAGGAGGAAGACAAAAAGAUUAUAAAGCAUAUUCCAGUGUUGUCCAGCACCAUCUCCCCCACUACCACCAUCCCCACCACUACCACUACUACUGCCACUUCCAUCUCUGUCCGUCUCAAGUAUUUAAAUGACACGGAGGAGGUAGCUGUGGUGGAGCCACAGGAUACAGUGGGAGUACUGAAAAGUAAAUACUUCUCAGGUCGGGAACAUCAAAUAAAACUCAUCUACCAAGGCCAGUUGCUGCAGGACCCCAAGAAGACUCUGUUUUCCCUAAACAUCACACACAACAGCGUGAUCCACUGCCACAUCUCCCAGGCCCUGCACGAGGCUACUCCAGAGGAAGGGGCUCAGCCUGGGGCCGGAGCAGGAGUCGGGCCUGGGGUCUCUGGAGGAUUCAGGGCUGCGGGUGUGGCCAUCAGCACCAGCAGCCUGGUGGUGCCUGUGUUCGUGGUGAUACUGGCUGUGGUGUGGUACUUCCGCAUCAACUACAGGCAGUUCUUCACCGCCCCUGCGACCAUCUCCCUAGUGGGAGUCACUGUGUUCUUCAGCUUUCUGAUAUUUGGGAUGCACAGCCGCUAAAAAGGCAGAGAGAGGGCACACACUUACAGCUGAAUGUUGUGAGGUAAAAUAAAAAUAACUACAGCAGUGGGUGGCGCCUGGAAAGACGGACUUAUCAAAACAGGGCUUUGUGCAGAUUCCAUAGCUGAUUGGAUCCCUGCAGAGCGUGUGUGUGUGUGUGUGUGUGUGUGUGUGUGUGUGUGUGUGUGUGUGUGUGUGUGUGGGUGAGCCUGUUUGUGCAUGUACCAAGAUAAAAACAGAUGAGUGAUUGUACAGUAUAUGUGGAGUAAAUAAUAAUCUGCAGUGAGUCAAGUUCAGGUGAAACUGAACCGUACUUUAGCUCCUCUCCAAACAUGACUUAGUGGUCCACACCAUGUUUAAACACUCUGGCUUUAUCUCGUCCACUCUUGUAUUGUCGCUAAAGAUUCAUGAUGCUUUUUUUUUUUGUUUGUCUUUGUUUUUUAGGCCGCUGUUUGUGUUUUAAAAACGUAAAAAUAACUGAUAGAUGCAAGAAUCUUUUGGAACCACUCACUGUUGUGCUGUGUGUGCCAGUUUAUCUACCAUUACGUUGUGUUAUUUGAAUGAGUCGAUCUCUAUGUAAGCAAAUACAGACUGUGCAGUUGCCUCUGUGCUAGGCUGACAAUUCCCGACAUUUUGUUGCUCAGAAACUGCUUUUUAGAAAUAGGCUAAUUUAAAUAAUCACUAGACAUGAAAAUAGACACUUUUUGAGAAGAUAUUGUAAAUAUAUUGUGUAUUUUCUGUAAAUAAAAUGAUAGAAUGAAUCAGAUGAACCUGCAUCUGGCACUUAAAGAUUUGGAGGGGGACAUUGAACCCUCCUGAUUAUGCUGGACUGCUCUGGCUUCAGUGAUGUCUCAAAUUAAAGCAUUUCAAACCAAACUUGUUUCAACAUCUGUUUGCAGUCUACAGAAGUCAGCCUCUGGAUACCCGUUGUGUUUCUUUAUUUAUAUACAAACAUCAGUACGCAUGGCAGAGAAGAAAAAGAAUCACAUUAUGAUCGUACAGGACAGUCAUUCACACACGCACCACUUUGUGCUUGUGCAUGAAAGAAAUAUUCACAACACCACAUUCUUUGUUAUUGCACUCGUACUGCACACAGAUACACAAAGAGCCACGAGAGAACAUCAGCUGUUCGCUUUAUCUAGGAAAAGUGGCUGAAGAAUCUAAAUCACACAGUUCAUUUAUCUUUAGUGCACAUCACAAGACUUUACUUGAAAAUAUUUAAAAGGGCACGGUCAAAGUUACUGCAGACUGUGAAGGUGUUAACUGGACAGGAAAUGAAAUCAGGCUUUUACAGAUGUCACGCUCAUGACAUUUGAGACAAAUAACUGAAUGCACUUGACUGUAGGGACUGUACAAAAAUUAUUUGGGUGUGGAGGGGGGUGGGUCCUUCCUGUGGUAGGUCAUUACUGAUGUUAUCUUUGAAUCCUGCUCUUGACAGAAAAUAAAAGGGAAGACUCUUCCCCCAAUACCUGGGGAAUAAAACAUUAAAAAGACAAAUGUUUUCAGCUACUAAAUGAGUGAAUCGGGCUCAGGCAGCACUAGGGCUGCAACGGUACAGCAGUUUUAAGAUAUACUGUGUUAUGAAAAUUGAUGGUUAUCACAUUGUGCCAUUUGUUUAUCAAUGGUUUAGGAAAAAAGAGGCAACCAGCCAGAGAAUCUAACCUGCACAUUCACAUUUCCUUUUCUCUUUGACUUCCUGCCAGACUUUACACAUAUUGCCAUUUAAAAAAUAGUUUAACAUUUCAAUCAUAUUAAAUCACUAAUCACACUAUAGAAAUCUCAUACCAUUGCAACCCUAGGUGACACAAUUAUCUAUUCUGUUCCCCGAAACCGACUUAUUUGUCAGCAGCUAGUUCAUUUUGCUACCGAAAAUAAAGACUUGAUAGAAGAAUGAAAUAAUAAGUCAGAAGAAUUCCAUACUCUCAACUUUCAGACCACCCACCCUUCAAAAAGAAAGACAGAAACAGACGAACAUAAGGGUUGGAUUAUCCACAGAAAAAUACCCCCCUAAACUAGUUCAUACAUUGUAUUGUCAGACUAUGUCGGGAGGCAAACGCUUUUAUAGUUGCCUUGAAAGGCCAAGUUUGAAGGUGGAUUAAAGGCCGUCCGUCACAGUGAGACGCUACAGCUCCUAAACUGGGAGAUAACAGUGGAUUCAUGGUCGCACUGACUUUCACAUUAAAAGUGACAGAAAUGGUUGAAAGAAGAGUGAUAAGAAGAGAGUGAUAAGACCAAACUCGGGCUCCUUUCUCAACUUCGCACAACUGACCAAUCACGACAUGAUGUGAGGGUGAUUGUCAGAUCAUCAGUUUCAGAAAGUUGUUGUAAUUCUGAUGUAGGGAAGGUGUGGAGGGAGGGGGGUUCAGAAGAUACUCAACCAUUCAAUUAGCACUUCUGAUGGAGUACACCUGCACCAUAAUCCUCUCCCUUUUUUCUGAAGUCCUCUACCCCCAAAUCAUUUUCAUACAGUCCCUAAGUUUUACAGCAGCCAAGUCCUGAUUUCAACAAACAAAAUACAUCAUCCUCAUACUCCACAAUGCACCUCUGACUGUACAUUAAUAUCUGAACUGUAAAGUCUUUAAGCUUAAAAAGAAGAGAAACAAAAUGCCCCUCUAAGACAUCAACUGUGAAAAGUUGCAAGUACAAGAUGAGUGAAACAGUUCAUCUGACUUGUAUGCAUUCAUCUUAUAACUUUUACAUUGUUGGUUAAAGGCUUACAGACUUAGAACUCAUGAUCGUGACUAACAAGCAGAACCGCAGCACUGGUCUACUUAAUGUGUGUGAUCUAUAAGCAGAAACUAACAAGAGUUUUGUACCAAGGAAAGAAAGUUAGGCUGGAUACAUGAUUAUUUUUCCAUCUCAAACAUCAUACAUACACAUCCUGUACAUGUGCCCCCAAAGCCUACUGGCUCGUCAAAUAUCAAAAUCUGCAUUUACACACAAAUAGUAUACACUUUAUAGGCAGUGACAAAUAAAAACUUUAAUAUAUUGUUGAUGUAAACAAAAAGAAGUUAAAUAUUUCAAAAUGGCACACAUACUUUCACAAUCACAUUCUAUGAUGCAUAGUUUUAUGAAAAUAGAAAUAGAUCACACACAUUCCCUCUAACCCCACACACACACACUACGCGAAAAAGUGACGUUCACACUGAAGCAAGUCAGCAUACAAAGGCGCACACACACACACACACACACAACUGUGCAAUACAAUGCUAGAAUUAAAAAGCCACCGAUGAGUACUCCAGUAAACGCGUGUCAAGUGCUGAACUGAAAGCAUGUCUCCUCAAAAUAGAGUUAAAUGAACACAGAGCCAAAAGAGAGACAGGUCGCAGGACCACCAACAAUGACAGAGUACCUGAGGGUUUCAGAGAGACAAUUUCAAGAGUUCUCAGCCGACUACAAGCAACAAAAAGCUCAUAAAUAAGCAGUAUGCAUUUUCAGAAAAGGAUAAACAAAUAAAGACUCGUAAUGAGCCUUUUUAGAGCAGACAUUUUGUCCUGUGAUGGCAGGAAAAGCACAUGUGCAAUUAAUUCCUUAAUGAUAGCUGUGCUGCAUUGAAGUGCAUCAGUAAACCCUGCCACUGAGCAGGGCCCUGAAAUUAGGACAGCUAAAUGGAGUGCAGCACCUUUAAUAAUAUUAAUUACACCCACAAGUUCCCUGCUAUGUCAUGUCAUAACGGCCGCUGUGAAAAUGGACAUUUGUGGUGUCUUUUUAAAGAUAAACUGCACAGGAUUUCCUAAAAGAAUGUAGAGACUCAUACAAAAGUAAUCACUCUCAAUCAUUGUUUGUGACCCACUUAAAGUGUAUGGUGGAAUUUAUACGUCUGCACUGAAUUGACGCUGUAUCCACAGCGUAGGCUUUGCAACUUAGAGCUUCGUCGCUAGGCUAAUUUAUAUAAUGUUAAAUGCCAUAGGCUUGUGCUAAUAACGUUAGCAUCUUAUAUUUGUUUGGAAAAUGUGUUAAGUAUAAGACAGUUGUUUUGUGAGCUGUAAUGGAGCUGAAUUUUGUAACAUUACCUUUGUUGAAUGUUGCUGUUGUCUCGGCUUCAUAUGAGUAGAGGAAAAGUCUGCUAGCAGCUAGGCUAAUUUAUACAAUGUAAAAUUCCACAGGCUUGUGCUAAAAACAUUAGCAUGUUGUAUUUGGGGGGAAAAUGUGUCCAGAUAAAGACAAGUGUUUGUCUGUGAGUGCUGCGAGUUAUAGUGAAGCUGAUUUGCGUACUUGUGUUUGAAAUUGUCUCUAUUAAGCCAUGUUUCAUGUGUGUUUCGAAUCAACUAAACUUUACAGCACU